GCUCAUUCGCCUUUACGCGUCGUAUCCUUACGAUUUCAGUGUUCGUCGCAGAACACAUUGAUUUGCACCAUGUAAGUAGAAUUUCUUCUGAAUGGCCAUGAACAGGUCUUGCUGUUGUAUAACUGUCCAAUUAUUUCCAAGAAGAUAAUGAUGAUUCCAGUUUCGCUUCUGCUCCUCACCAGUGUCGUAUCUCCCACAUUGGGUGCGACGGCCGAACCCGAAGAUGUUGCACAGCGGGAGCGGCCGUGCGCUUGUAAUCUACCUUGGGUACUCGAACAUCUCGGGAGAGCAAUGCCGAGCCCAGAUAUGGAAAGCAAUGUGCUUGAAAUUGCAAGGGACGCCGCCAGGGAAAUCCAGACGAUUUCCGCACAAGCAGCAACAGCUGAAAGCAGUAAGUCUUCUCCUGAACAACCCAAGUCAGGGGGUGAGUCGUCAGUAGUUGUAAAGCCUGUUCCACAUGUUAGUUUGCGUGAUAUGGACCCGCCUUCACCGCCAGUCGCCGCUCUGGGCGGUCUUGAGCAUCCGUUGUGCGAUCGCUACGUGGAGAUGGACCCUCUCGGACUUUCCGCGAUGAUGCCAUUCGAACAUACGGACUUGCCGGAGCGGUGUCCUGCGGACCUUGCUUUCUUCUCCGCACACUGCGUCUACAGUGAGGACCACCGCUUGCACAAUAUCUACCUGGACGCGGCCGUUGAGUCUCUGGCAAGCGCCGGGGUGGAGUGCUACAGAAAAAGCGUGUACGAGCGGUUCAUGUCCGCGACCGAGAUCCUGCUCAACUUCGAAGCGAACGUCGAAUUCAUGGCUGUUGGUCGCGAAAACGUCUACCACGUUCCGCAUUACCCCUGGAUCCGUGUUGGGGAUUUCGAAGAAGCAGUAAGAAAACACUGGAAGCAAGUACACGACGGGGAAGGUCCUUCAACAUCAAGAGCGACAAGACGUAGAGCUUCGCCAAGAACAGCUGCUGUUGUCGAUCGCGGUCCAAACGACAUUGCCGUCAAAUUGGCUGCCUUGAUACCGGGAGAAGAGCACAAGUACGCUCUGAGCGCGCUAGCACGCAGCGUGUCAUUAGAAUUAAGUGCCGACUCUGAUGGCAAUUUUGCGGGCGUUCAGCUUCGUGACUGUCCAACGGUUCGUGCACAACAUAGCGGCCUGCAAGUAUACAAGCCAAUUCGGGAUCCGUUUAGUGCUGAACAGGAGGCAGUGGAUGACUCAUCUCAAAAAGAUGAUCAUCGGAAUUCUUCUCCACAAUCGGACGCAAGCAGGGGAGGCUUUGCGCCGCUGAUUUGCAUGAUCCCGCUCGUUUGGCCCGCGCAACAAGAUGUUCGGCGCCGCAUCCUCGAAACAUGGGGUGCCGCUGAUCCGACGAAUCCGCUGCGCUGUAAUCGCGUUCUCUUUUUCGUUGCGCUACCUGAUGAGGAAUACGGCAUUUGGUGGCACUCGGAUACUCACUUGGAGUUAAGGCUACCGCAGAAGCAUCCUCAGCAUCAUCCUUGGCCCUUGUUCUACUUGAAAAACGGGCCGAGGAUGCACCCAGGGAUGCUAACGCGGUAGACCUAAUGGAGGCUACUUUUAGUGAAAGCGAAACCCCGAAGAAGAUUUUGGAGGACGAAAAUCGGCGAGCAACUGCUGGACUCGCGCGCGCUGUGGAGCAGACAAUCAUUCCACUAGUGGAUGAGCAGCUGCCUGAGGAAGAUCAAGAAGCAAGCUCGCGACGGUCAACAGCCCAGGAUAUCAAUGGAGGCUCGCCAACAUUGCGUCAGCACAAAGUACCACAUCAAUCUUUAGCAGAAGAAGAGGAAGAGGCGUGGCUGGCAUCAGGAGACAGCGCAGUCGCGGAGCAUGUUUCGUCUUCCUCGGGAACCAAUUUUACGGUAGGAGAAAAUAAAGAUAGUCCAUCUCCUCCAGGAGGAAGAACUAUGAGUGCCUCUGGCACUGCUGCAACUGGAGACACGCUCCAGGCUGCAACAUCGAAAGCGACAGAGCAAAAUCUUCUAGCGCGGGCAAACUUGUUCGACCUGAUCUGGAAUUCUUGGACGGCUCAUUGCAAGCGCAAUGGAUUCAUCCCGAAUGACGUCGUGGAUUUGCGAAGGUUUUUCCGCUCGGAGAUGACAGCGGAUCGCAGCGACCAGCACUACGAUAUGAAAACGCAGCUAAAGCUGAUGAAGGCCGAGCGAGCGGAGAUGGGAAUGUCCUCACAGGAGAGCAUCAUGGUCGCGGCAGCUGUGUUGGCAGAACCAGAGGGAUCUUCUUCGGAGGGUCUGCCGGAUAGUGAAGGCACUUCGGGGGGCGAGCACGAUAGCAGCAGCGGCUCGCAGCAAAGCGAUGGGAGUAGCAGUGCUGGGGAUACGCCGGGGUACAGCACUAGUGAUGCACCGCGGCCGCCUGCUUUGGCGGACGAAAAUCACGGCGGGGCACGAGAACGCAAAGGAAGCGGUAAAGGCACUUCCGACACCAAGGGCGUGGAGUGGCAGCAAAACGCGAAAACGAUGUCGGCGACGUUAGGACGAGGUGAUGGAGACGGAGCGCCAGGUCCUGGGUCUUCAGUGACCUUUGCAAAUUCGAAUAAUAACAACGAAGAAACACCACAUCAAGGCCUCGAGCACGGACCAGAUGAUAGGGAGAAUAUGCGGCCCAGUAAGAUGAAAUCCAAGCGAAAGACAAUCUACAACACUCAGGCGAAGGUGUUUUUGAUGUACGUGUAUGCCGCCCGCUUUUUUCCAGCAAACAGCUGGGUUUGUCGUUUAGACCGAGAUGCGUACUUCAUCCCCGAAAACUUUCGGAAGAUGGUCGAUGAGAGCAGCCUAGACGCACGCGAGGAGCACUUUUUAGGCGCUACCUUGUACCACAUGUCGCGAGAUGGCGCAUUGCCGUUCAACGACGGUGGUCCGGCGACUUGCUUUUCCAACGCGGCACUGCGAAAGCUGUCGGCGUACUUGGCGCGCAUUCGUCAAACUCGGUGGUGGGCACGCGACCGCUUCCCGAUAGAGGGCAACGGUCAUGUGCAAGGUGCAACUGACAUUUGUCGCGCCCACUUUGCUGGGCACGUAGAUGACCGACUGUUAGGCGCAUGUCUCGGCGAAUUGCAAAUCCGGCCAAAUUUAUGUCAACAAGACGAGCGUCACUUCAAACAAGAACCCACUUUUGUUCAUAGAUGGAAAAGAAUCACAAUUGAUGUGAUCUUGGCUUUGAAUACAUAUUAAGUACUAGAGUCAGAAAGUGAUACUUUAAAUUAAAAUAGUAGCUCGACAAAUAGGUGUAGGAGAUAAGAACUUCAAAUAUUGAGAAAAAAAAAAGCCCGCCUCUUUUCAUACAGCAAGCUUGCCGUGCUGGACCGCUUCGGACGUGACAAAUUCGUCGUUUCCUCACGGCCGUUGUUGAAGCAUGUGCGACUAGCGUACAACCCGGUCCGGACGUUUGUGGAGGGUUGCGGUGGCAUGUGGAUAAAGUCGGAACAACGUUUGUACAACGUCCACAGUCCGGAUCUGGAUCCGGCUAUGCGCACGUCCAUGCUGCAGCGACACAACUGGCAUUACACCAAGGGCCGCCUGCAUCACACUAUCCACUGCGCAUACCGGUACUCUCCACGGCGAGGACGAAUUCUGCUCGGAGACGAGGGAGCUCGUCUAGCGGAAAAUAUAAAUGGGAAGAAGUCGUCUUCUCGUGGUAACACUACAACCACUAAGCUUUCACCAGAACAAGAAAUGCAAGAGGAGGAAACUACAGAUGACUACGAUCCAUCAAAGACGAUUUCACCUUUCGGACAACCGGGCAGGAUUUUGCAUGACCAGCGACCGCAAAACCUAAGGCAGCUCUACAGUCUUCGGCCAGCAAAGGAAGGCGAAGUGGGCUUUCCAGCUCUUGCAUUUUCUGAGUUUCCAGUGGCAAUAAACUCCUUUCGAAAUCUCUCCGCACUGUGGUGCAUGCACCGUCAAGUGGAGCGCCUGCGUCGCAAUCCUGCGUUUUCCGUCAGUGUAGACGACUCUCGCGGCCCGCAAUGCCAUCAAACGCUAUUCUUUUAG